CGAUGACGGGCAAGGUGCUCACGCUGAUCUGUCUCGUGUUGUAUUGCCGGGCCGACGGAAGUUGCGCGUCCAGAGUGAAGAGGCAGGGACUGCUUCCGCCGCCGAUCGUCUACCCGUUCGGAGGGACAUUCAAGCUCGUCGUGGGAUUUGCGGUGCCGGUGGAACUCUCGGGCAGGAUUCUGGUUUACGGGCAAAACUUUCAGUUCCAAUACGCCCUGCCGCCGAACGCGACGUUCUUCACGGAGUUCUUCGAGGGCGCGUCGUCGUCACGGCGACGUCGUGCGAGCGUUAGCCGGGACGAAAGGAUGACUGUCUACGGACUGUUAGAGGGAGAGUUUGAGAGGAGAGGAAUAGACGGAAAGGAGUGCGUGAAAAAGACUAUUUGUGAAGCAGCAUUGGCGCCUUUGGAGGACGAAGGUCUCGUUGGGGAAUUGUUGCAUCUUUUUCUCACGCCUCAGGCCCAGGAAGCAGCGAAUUCAUCGGUAGAUUCCGAAUAUUUAGAAGCGUUCGAGUUCGGCCGAAGUAAUCACGACUGCUCGCGGAUCUACCGAUCGUGUUUACCGGGUCAGGGGAUCCUGGAUCAAAUCUCGAGCGUGAUAUUGUAAAAAGUUAAAACGUCGGCUGAAGCGGAAGCUGAUCUUGUUGACGGUUUCGCUUCUCUCGACAGAAUAACGGGGGCGGUUUAGUUCCAACAUUUCCCAACUGAUUAGCGAUAAAUAGAAAGCGACGAUUUGCCGACUGGUCGCAUAUUACCGAGCUGGUAAACGGUCGAAAACGAAGCUGCUAUCGAAUGGAACUGAGGCGCGAAUGAAAGAGAAGAAGAAGAAGAAGAAGAAGAAAAAGAAGAAGAAGAAGAAGAAGAAGAAGAAGAAGAAGAAGAAGAAGCGCGCGACGGGCGGAGCCAGCGAUCGAUCUCGUGCUCCGGGAAAACCCGUACAGGAAAACUGUCGCGUUUAGUUACGCCCGAGUUAAAUUAAGCAAGCGGUGUAUCUCGCGGAUUUAGCGUUAACCGCACUUCCACUAAUUGGCACGGAACGGUGGAAGCUGAUAAAGAGGAUAGUCGAAGCGGCAACGAUUCAAGGCGGACCUGGAAGCGCUAUUUUCGCUGGAGAUAGCUCCAGCUGCCUGCGUACGUGCGAUACCAUCGAAACGAUCGGCAAUCGUGGACGCACAAUUCGAUAUACCUGAAACAAUCGCGUGUCCGUCGAGUCUUCUAAUAAUCUCGACAGGUAAAUUCAAGUAGAAUCAAUCAGAGAGGUAGAUGGAGACGGACAGAUGGAGAUGGAUGAGUGGAUAAAAUCGUCAGCGCGCGAUAAUGCUGUUAAAAACUAAUAUAUAUUUUAAUAUAGGACGUUAAUACAGGACGAAGCAUUCCGACAAAUUUGUCUGCUAAAAUAUGAUUUAUGAUAUAUGUACAUAUAUAAGUCUUAAUAUUGAGAAGAUGUCCAGCAAACGUGACGACGUCAAAUAACGCAUUAAUGACAUUUUAUCGAUAUUAGAGACGUCAUGUGUGAUUAAUACGUCAUCUGACGUUUACCUUGCUAUACGGGAACCGAUAAAACUUAUA